AUGCCCCCGAAGACAAGCUACAAACAGUACGUCGACGCUGGUCUCGUUGCACCUCUGGCGGAUUCGAUGGGGCAGGGGCCUCUGGACUUGGAUUACUUGAUCAACACUUUGAGAAACCCUACCCCAGACACAAACGUGCAAAAGGUGUUGGGCUACAUUUACCAUUACUUGCCGUAUGUGAAAUACGAGCACAACUUGCGAUUGGUUUUUUCAAGCUUUUUGAAUAAUACGGUGUGUUUCUCAAACCAGCCUCCACUGUUCGAAGAGAACUACUUGAUCAUCGAGGUGUUUAAGUUGAUCACUGAUAAGAAGCUUAAGGUGUCUCAACCAACACUACCAAUAAAGACCUUUUAUGAAGUCAUUGGCAAGGAACUUCAGAGCUUUGUGGCGUACAACCCUCCCCAGAAUGCUUGGAAAGUGUUGCCUAUUAUCUCCGGUAUCGCUUUGUCCAAUGAAGUGAGAGACCAUUUGUACACGUCCACUAAUGUGAUACAGUACAAGUGGUUCUUUUCCGAAUGGGACAAGGACAUGGACCCCUUGUUCAAGUACGCUUUGCGGUUCUCCCUUUCCACGGCGGUCUCUCCUGAUGUAAGAAACUUGACUCUUCUCAGUUUGGCCUUGAAGUACAAUAGACACGAAGACCUACUGCAGUAUGUGGGGCGUGUUGAUCCUGGAUUCUUGAUCAACAGCAUAGUUGAUCUCAUCUUUGCUCCAGCCGACCACUCUGCGUACGUCUACAUAAAGUUUGCAUUGAUUGACCCGAAAGAUCUUAAUGCUGAACAAAGACUUAACGCACUCGUAAAUGCAAAACCAGUUGUGAAACAUCUCAACAGGUUGUCAUUUAUAUUGGAGUCUUUAUUACAAGAGCUUCCGCAUACUCCUACUGCGUUUGAGGUAGUAUUGGCCGUGUCCGCAAAAAUUAAGGUCUUCAUGCGUGACUUGAACCACUUCACUCAGUCCAGUAGACUACUUAACCACGAUCUGAGUGAAAAUCCUAGUGAGCCAUUUCACCAAGCAUUUUGGUAUCUCAUGAAGGGGUUAUUGUUUGCACAAGUCAUUAUAUUUCAGGGUAUCCUUACGCGAUUUAUUUCAGCGAAGAAUCACAAUAUUGGUUUUUUUGCUCAGCUUUUCAAGUCAUCCAAGAUAUUAGGAGACCUCGAGCGUGAAUACUAUCAGAUAUGCUUACAAAUAAUCCACACUCUCUAUUAUGCCCACUUCAUUUUGAUGUCAAUUGGUCAGGGAGGGUUUGACGGCUACAACUUCAUAUACUAUUUAUCCAUUGAGAUUCUUCUUCAUAACAGACGAGGAGUCGAAUUGGAGACGUUCAUGAGACAAUUAGUUGGAAGCUAUCAAGAGAUCAAUUUACAUCCCGAUGCUCUCAAUAGAGACUACGUUGCUAGAUGUAAGGUGCUUUUUGUAUGCGGGCUUUGGGAGAAUUAUCUUCAGCAGCUGGCUAAGAAAGAUCCACAGACUGUCGAUUUCAUUUUUCAGAUUGCAUUUUCCAUUACUCAGAACCCCGGUGUCGCAGACCGUGAGUUGAUAGAAGCUGUUCACUCCGUCCUAUUGGUGUACUUUUCCUCAUUGAAAGAUAAGGACAGUGAUUUGACGAGAGAAUUGCAGUAUUUUGAGCUUUUGGUGAAUCAGUUUCCUUCUGUUCUCUCUGCUAACCAACUUAGUGUGGCCGUUGAGACACUAGGGAAAAAAAUAAUGUCGAACCCAAUUAAAUACGAUGACAGGGCUCAUUACAAAGAUUCAGCCGAUGAGUUUUUGGAGUUUGUCUACGAUAAAUGUGCUCAGACUCCACCAGGGAUUCCGGUGAGAAAGUCUAGGAACCACACAUUCUCGUCAGCACAACCAGUCACAGAGAUAGAUGCCAGCUCCACCUUGUCUCAAAUUGGAGAAGACGACCAAGAGAAAGAGGACAUAGUCGAAAGGAACAAGAGGAAAAAACCAAAGGAUCUUCCGGCCUUCAAGCUCGGCAUAACAGCACAAGGGUCCAGUGGACAAGAACACUUCCAGACCAGAAGCGAGCCAGAAACAUCUCGAGAAGCAGUUAUUUUGGCUUUUUUCAACAUAAUCCCCUACUUGCCCUUGAGUCUUUUUGUGCCGUGGUUGCACAGAAUCUGGGGUCUUGUUAGAGCCAGUAACCCGAAUGAGAUGCCCUUCUUGACCGAGAGACUCUGGAAGGUGCUCAGCGAAAACCUUGAUCUCAACCGAUGUGAAAUAGCCUACGGCUGGUGGUACGAAUACAUAGCCGCAGUUGAGCAAGAUUCAAGUUUCAAGCUUUCUCAAGCUAAACUAUAG